GUAUUUUUGUCUGACUGACAUCUUACGAGAAAUUAUCUAACCAUGAGUUUAGAACUUUUGUCAGCAUGAGAUCUUAAGUUAAGUGAUAAAAUAUACAUAAUUAAAGAGCUUGAGUUUUCUAGUCAAAGUGACCUUGCUAUUAAAUACGGUGUUACUCAGCAAUCUAAUUGCAUUAUUUAUUUUCAGGGGAUCAUGCUCUUUGACAUUUCUCAAGUUGAAAGUUUUCACAAAAAGGCAGUUACAGAACAUACAAAAUCUGGUGAAAAUCUAUCACAAGAUUCAAUAGCAUGUCAAAUUCCUGAUGAAUUGAUCAAGUUCAACGCCCCUCGAAAGUCUAUUGAUAACAAUUAUUUUCAUGGUCAAUUGAGAAUGAGAAUUGAACCUGUCCAAAAAAGCCAUUCUGAUUCUGAAUCGGAGACUGAAAUCAAUCAAUUAAUGAACAAUGUCACUCGUCGAUCUCAAGUUUUUGAUCCUGUCCAACUUCAGAGUCAAAGUGGUAGCCCCGCAAUGAGAGGACACAUUCAAAACCGUGGCCAGCCUCGUAUGGUAUGGAUUUUCCCAUUUAUGAUUCAAAUAAAUUUAAAUAAACAUUUAAAUAAUCAAUCCAACAUUCCGUCAAUAGCUAUUACCAAAGAUAUGAAUGACCCGAAGAAGGCUUUACAAGGUGGGAACAAUCGAAUUGGUGGCUCUUCUCCUCAGCCUCCGCAACGAAAUCGCCAAUACACCGACCAUGAGAGAUCGCAUUUCGGUCAAGGGCGAGGAGCUAUUGCUGGUGGCCAACCUAGAGUUGUACCUAAUCGCCAGCAGCGUGAUGUUCGUUAUUUUGUGGCACUUUACGACUAUGAUCCAUUGACAAUGUCUCCAAACCCUGAUGCGGCCAAUGAAGAGUUACCAUUUCGUGAAGGGGACAUUAUUAAGAUUUUUGGUGACAAAGAUCCGGAUGGAUUUUAUCGAGGGGAAUUGAAUGAUCGAAUAGGUUUUGUGCCUUGCAAUAUGGUCUCUGAGGUUCAAUAUGAUGCUGAAACUGGUGCACCAAUAAGAGGACAAAAUGAUAAUGAUCCUUGGGCUCAUUUACAUGUAAAGAAAAUGAUUGCUCUUUAUGAUUAUGAUCCACAAGAGCUUUCACCUAAUCCAGAUGCUGAGAUGGAAUUAGCUUUUCAUGCCGGUGAUCAUAUUUACGUUUUCGGUGAUCUGGAUGAAGAUGGAUUUUAUAUGGGCGAACUCAACGGUAAUCGAGGUCUAGUUCCGUCAAAUUUUCUGACUGAUGCCAUCGACGGGACAACUCGACAUGCUACUCCGAAUCAAAUAAACAGAGGACCGGUAGGCGACUCUCGAACCUCCCAAACACAACAAAACCAAUUACAGGGCCAAACUGGAUAUCAAACCCAUCCUUCAAUCAACCAGCAGCAAUUGCAGAAUCAGCAACCGGGAUAUUCCCAACAGCAUCAACCUCAGCAUCAGCAUCAGCAGCAUCCACAUCAGCAACAGCCACAACAUCAACUUGCCCACCAACAACAUCAGUCCCAGGGCCAAGGUUACGGUCAGCAUCAAUUUCACGGCCAGCCACAGCAAGCAACUUCUUCCAACCAGAAAGUAUUAACCAAUGUUAUUGGUCAAGGAAUGAGGCCACAAGGCAGUUACGGAGCUCAAUUGACUCACCAACAACAUCCGGGUCAUCAUCAACAAACAGGACCACAACAAAGGCCUAAUAGUUUGGAAUUAAGACUGAACCAAGGAGUUCAGGGACAUGUUAAUCAAAUUAGUCAGCAGCAGCAACAUCAUCAACAACAACACCAACAGCACCAACAGCAUCAACAGCAAUUAUUAAAAAACCAACAGCAACAGUAUCAACAUUUACCUCAGCAGCAACAAACUAACAAUCUUAACCCGAUCUCAAAUUUACUUAAUAGUGGUAAGAAAAUGUUAGAAGAAGCUACGACUCCAAGAGUCAGUCACCCACCAAGCUUUGAUGGCCAUGGUCAGAUGAUGCAACAACAUGAACAAAAUCAUGUUAAUAUGAAUCAACAAGGUAUUAAUCGUCCUGGAUUGAACCAGCAGCAAUCGCAAGCACAAUUACAGUACCAACAGGGGCAACAAAACUACGGCCAGCGACAGUUUUCACAACAGCAGCAACUACAACAACAAAAUCAACAACAAACAAUGAACAAUCGGCAACAAUUUGGUUACGGAAAUAAUGUCCCUGGAAUGGGCUUAGCUCAAGGUCAACAACAAAAUCAAAAUCAACAACAACCUCAACAAGGUCCAACUUUAUCUGGUGCUCUAGGAGCAGUUAAAAGUAUUUUCAAAAUUUAAUAAUUUCAGGAUUAAAUUUAAGGUUGAUCAAAAGACCAAGAUAUUAUAUCAAUAAUCUUGACCAGUUCUCCGAAAAUCUUUGGCUGUCAAAGGCUCGGAGCAAAGGAAAUGUGUAAUUAGAUGAAUCAGGAGUUGUACAUUAGCUUUGUUGUGCCUUAGACUAAUUCCGUGGAAAAAAGAUCGAACAAUUCAAACGAAGUCCAUCACAAUAGCAAUCAAUUAUAACAAGAUUUCACUGGAUAGGCAAUAUUAACAAAUUAUGGUUGGUAACAAAACUGGUUGGAAAAGGUGAUCGUGAUAUAUAAUACAUCUGAACUUAGUCUCAACCGAUUUUGGAUAGUUUUUAAACGAGAUCUUACCUGCAUCGAAACCUGGAUUCAGCAUAAAAAUGAUGAAAGAAUUGAUUGAAAAUUAAUUUGACUAUAAAUGUGUAGUCAUUGAUUCACAUUUAAUUUCCUUCUCAUCUCUUCAAUUGUAAUCUCACAGAUACACACUGAAUUAUUUCACAUUCAAUUCAUUCAAUAUAUCUAUUGAUAUUUUAAAUAUCAAUAGAUAUAAUUAUAAAUAUGUAAAAAGACAUCAAAUUGACAGUUUUCAGUUAUUAUCCAUAUUUGAUCUCAUAGAUAAUCGUACUUUUUUCUUGUUCAAUUGAGUCUGGUUGUGCUGAUUUUUUUCUUAGGACUAUACAUUUACUGAUUGGCGUUUCAUGCUUUAAUUGGCACUUUUCAUCUCACUGUCAAUUAAUCGAAGCACAUUUAAUGUUAGAAUUAAAUUCGCUAAAACUGCCUAAUGUUGAUCAUGAAAUUGAUUUGAAACAUUUCAACAUUAUUGUUGAAAUUUAAUCAAAUCAUGUUGAAAAUUUUCUUUUAUUUUUAUCAGAACUAUGUCAAUUUGUGGUUCCAAUUGUAGAGUUUAAGGAUUAAACCUGAUUAUUACCUUGUUAUCACCAUGCGAUAAUUGACUUGAUUAGUUAAUAUAAUCACGUUACUGCUUGAAUUAGUGAAAAAAGUCAUGUAAUGUAACUAAAUGAAACAAACUUGAAACACUUCAAUUGUUUAUCUCACCAAAAUCAAUCAACGAUUAAUACAUGAUUGAUUCAUGAAAUGUAACUGUAAUUAUGCUAAUAUCAAAUUUUAUUUUGUUUGUUCCUUGCAUCCAUUGAUCCAUUAAACUAAUUCAACUACAA